AUGAGCGUUAAACACAGGAGGAGGAUCAUCACUGAGGAUCCAGACUGGUCCCUGGAACAAGUGCCUUACCUGUCCAAACUCUGUCUGCAGGAAAUCAUCAAGAACAUAGAAGUUCUUCCUAUAUAUGGAGAACUGGGGCCUUCUGAGCAGAAGUUCAUCCAGGAGAAGCUACCACCGAAUGCUCCCCUCACAGUCACGGCCAACCUGAUCCCCGACGGCGUCUACUGGGAACGCCGCUCCAAGGAACUCUGGGACAACUGCGACGUGUCCUACCAUGGCCAGAGCUGGAAGAGACUGUUUUUUGAGCGCUACUUGGAGGGACUAAUCGAAGCGUUCAUCCCUGGAGAAACCAAGCUCAAAACCAUCCUGGAAAUGGUACCUCUGUGUAAAGAUUAUGUGAAAGGAUUGGAUAUUAAAGAGCUACUCCUGCCGAUUAAAACACUACAGAAGAAGGAGGAAGAGGAGGAACAUUCCAAGCUGGGCAGUAUCCACGAUGAAGAGGACAAACCUUUUCUAGACCAUUUUAAUUUCAAUGUCCUGCUGGAAAAGCUGGACAACCUGGAAGAGCUCCACCUGGUGUACAGAGUGAAGCAGUGCGGCAUCAACUACCAGAAGGAUAUGUUUCGGAUGACGCAGAGGGACUGUGAGACGCUGGCUCAGGCUGUCAAGUCCUGCAAGACUCUCAAGGUUCUGCACCUCUACCACAGCAUGGUCGAUGACACUCAGUGCAGACUUCUGGUUGAACACUUACUGGACCACCCAUCUUUGACCAAGCUGGACCUCAGUUUCAACUGCAUAGAAGACAGAGGAGCCAGAGCCAUCGGCAAACUGCUCACCCAGAGUAAACUGAAGACCCUCAAACUUUACAACACCAUGAUCAGAGACCACGGCGCUAAAGCCAUCGCCCACGGCCUCUCCACUAACACCACUCUGGAGGAGCUGAACCUGAGCCUGAACCGUGUGGGGGACGAAGGAGGGGAAGCCAUCGCGAGGGGUGGAUGGGCGUCUUUCAUCAAGAUAAUAAAUGAUAAAAAAGAAUAA